AUGUUUAAUGUGUCAUACGAUUUACUUGCAGAUUAUUUAUCUCUCGCAACUGACGUAGAAGCAAAAGAAGAGGAAAUCGGACCGAGUAAUUGUCUUUGCAAUGGCCCAUCUUGUAUCUGCUGCAUAGAAUUUAACAUGAGCUACAUUGAUCUCGGUGGUCCUGGCUGCGUUCGAUUGAAGUAUUUAUCGGUGGAAGAAGGAAUCGCUCUGAACGUUUCGUAUGGUGAUAGUGUGCUGCAUAGUCAACGAGUUAAAGGUCCAGAUCCAGCACCAACCUGUUUGAAUAUGUUUGCCAGACUAGCUCAGAUGUGUGCUAGAUUCAGUGAGCUGCUACCGACAGAUGAUGGCCUUCGUGGUUGUCUACAACUAGAACCAAUGCUGCUGGGAGAAGUACAAAUCGAGCUGCCGCUUGGUUGUUUUCGAAUGGGCCCCAAAGGCGUAGAAUUGAUCAAAUCCUCUGAAGAGGAAAUCAAAGAACAACACCCCCAAGAGAGCAUACCAGAUACUACACCACAGCCUCCUACCGGUGAGAAGAAAGCAGAGGAUGAGGAACCAAAACCAGUGGCAGCGCCGACACUAAACAUAACAUCGCCUCUUUCAAUUCUGGAUACACUCUCAACCGCCGAUAUUCUGGCAGCAGUCAGUGAAUCGACCGAUGAAGGAAUCGCCAUGAUUUCCAGCUGGUUUGGACUUGAUGUAAACAAAACACUAAAGCCGGGACAGCAGAGCGAUAGCAAAGAUAGUGAUAAGACUACUGAAAAAAGUGAAGAAAGUAAAAGUUCCAAGAUCGAAUAGCAGCAACAUGUUAAUUUUCACCGGUCGAUUAAUUAAUAAACUUUUAAAAUUAUUAGUUAAUCCAAUAUCAUUGGGUCAACUAUUGACAUAAAUGAUAUGUUCAGCUUCUAGGGCGAUGCCACUUAAUCGUUACGAACGGUCUGCUAGUGAUAUCAUUUAUAAUUAACAUGAUUAUUCUUCUGAUUAAAUAAAUAGUUCAUACAA